AUGCAUCUUCUUGCUACUGCCCAGAUUGACACAAUUGUCAAAGACACUUCCAGUGAAGAUCCUUUGGUGUGCUUAGAGCUAUUCAAAUGGGCUUUGCAACAGCCUAGGUUCAGGCACAAUGUCUCUACUUACCACAUCACAAUAAAAAAGCUUGGUGUUGCAAAGUUGUACCCAGAGAUGGAAGACAUUGUAAAUGAAGUACUUAGUGAUCCCCAUGUUGGUUCAGAGGCCUUGUAUAAUACAAUAAUCUACUUCUUUACAGAAGAUAGGAAAUUAACUAAGGCUGUUAAUAUAUUUAAGCACAUGAAAAAUUGCAAGAAUGUGGAACGUAGGCCUUCAAUCAGAACCUAUAAUCUUCUAUUUUCUGCAUUUCUUAGUCGGGGAAGCAGUACUUAUAUUAAUCGCAUGAAUAUGGAGACUAUUAGGUGUCUCUUCAAGCAAAUGGUGAAUGAUGGUGUUGAACCUGAUAUCUUUUCAUUGAAUUCCAUGAUUAAAGGGUGCGUGCUGUCACUUCACAUAAAUGAUGCCCUCAGAAUAUUUCAUCAGAUGGGUGUGGUCUAUAACUGCAUGCCUAAUUCUUUCUCUUAUGAUUGUUUGAUUCAUGGGUUAUGUGCCCAAGGGAGAACAAAGAAUGCAAGAAAGUUGUGUGAUGAAAUGAAGAAAAAAGGGUUUGUUCCAAGUAGUAAAUCAUAUAAUUCCCUUGUGAACUCUCUUGCUCUUGGUGGAGAAGUUGAUGAGGCAUUGAACUAUUUGAGAGAGAUGAUCCAAAACCAGAGGCUGCUGAUUUGA